AUGGACGAACGCAAAUUUCUCUCUGGAACAUUGAGCAUUCCUCAUCCGAGGUCCUCCUUCAGAAGCAUCACAACUGCAGUAAAUAACCAUUUGGAAGAAGAAGCAGCCAAGAAAAGCUUCAACUCUCUGCCCAAGCUCCCAGAUGGGCAACGGCUUGGUAUAUAUAGCCUUUUUGCUGUAUAUGCCAAUUCGAGCGACAUCAAUGUGAAUAUUCCUAUAACAUUAAUCCGAGUGGACAACGCUGGAUCUCUUUACCUGCUGAAAACAGACGAAAAUGGGACAAUUGUCUCGAGAGCAUGCUCUGAUAAUGACUUCUUUUACCCUAAUGGGAACAUGAAAAAAGCGAAAAGUGAGAUCUAUUUUUAUAAAACUUUAUACCGAGAAAGCCAUGUCCUGAACUCGAGAGAAAGUGCAGAGCUCUUUUGGAAGCAGUCCAAAGACUGGCCAGCAAUGAUACAGUGCUGCGUUCAAUGCAAAUCCAAACCGACUUCAGUUACAAGAGCUGUCUGGAGGGCAGGCGUGAAAACCAGGUAUUGUACAAUAAUAAACCGUCAGCAAGUCAGCGACUCCAAAGCCAAAAAGUCGUCUCCCAACCUGUACCAAAAGAAAAAGAGUUUGUCUAUUUUAGGUGAUUUUAAGUACACUAAUAUGAUUCUCAAAACCUCAAGAUCAGUUAAUAAUCCAUUCAAAGUCAACUUAACAGGACGAGCAAGUGUUAAUGAAAAACCCAAAUUCGAAAGAACGAUGACAAUGAAAAACAAGGACAACCGAAAUGCUGAUAAGGAUUCCCCCCCUCAUUUGUCCAAUUUUCUAGUCUUUUUAUCAUUUGUCUAUUUUUUCUAGUUUUUUUUAUAGGAAAAAAAAAAUUUUUUUAGGACCUCAUUUGUCCAAUUUUCUAGUCAAAAUUUUGAUAGAAAAAAAAAAAUUUCAGGACCUCAAUUGUCUCAUUUUCUAGUUUUUUUACAGUACAACACUAAAAUUUAGGACACUCGAAAAAUCCAAAAAUGACUAGAAAAUGGGACAAAUCAUUUUUGACUAGAUUUUUGGGACAAAUGAGGUCCUGAAAAUUUUUUUUUCUUACUCCCCCCCCUUUAAAUUGAAACAAAAAAUUUUGUUUCAAUUUAAAGGGGGGUUAAGAAAAUUUUUUUAUAUAAAAAAUUUAUAUAUAAAAAGUUUUUCAGAGAUAAAAUUUUAUAGAAAAUAAAUUAUAUAAAUUUAAAGAGACAAUAAAUUGAGUAAAUUAUAUUUAUAACAAUUGGACAAAAAUAGAGUUUAAUUUCUAAAUCUUAUAUGUUUGAAGCAUAUUAUAUAGGGGUAUUAACGUAUUUACAUAUAAAAUAAUGAUUUUUACCUAUAAAAUUUUUCUAUUAUAAUAAAAUUUUUUGUUUCAAUUUAAAGGGGGGGUAAUUUCCCAAAAAAGUAGGAAUUUUUACCUAUAUUUUGUUUCAAUUUAAAGGGGGGGGGAGUUAGAAAAAAAAAACUAGAAAAUUGGACAAAUGAGGGGGGGGAUCCUUACAAAGGAGCAUCAUCAUGGGCUCAUUGUCAAUACACGAGCUGCAGAAAGUAUUCUUGUUGUGGAUGACCCAAUCAAGGCUGGUGGCCUAGAUCCCAUUGUGGCGGAGAUUAUUGAUUUUUUGAAUAUCAAUAUUUAUAAAAACCAAGAAUUAAAAGGAAUUGUGCUUGACUUCGUCCAUGAUAAGGAUAAUAGAUGGGUCCUUUUGGACUGCAAAGAGAUUUCUACUCACAACCGUUCUCCGUCAAUCACCAGCACUAAAAAAUUCCAGUCAAUAAGCCAGACUAGUAGGUCUCGUCUUGGCUCAGAACCUGAAACCGUUUCUACAAGCAGCCGAAAAAGUUCAGAAAGUUCGCCAUUAAAGUAUAGGUCUUCACAACUAACUAUAAAUGCAUCAGAAGAAAAGCAAGCUUGCCCAUUUGUGAUUCGGUCUCCUCGUCCUCCUCCAAGCCCUGUCAGCAACUCUGCCCAAGGACUUGUCGAUAGAUGGAAUCGGGUGAAUCAGAAACUUGAGCUUAUAUUAAACCUGAAGCCUUCAAACGAAAUUAAAAAUGCAAACAUCGAAGAGCAAAGCAUCAAGGCUUAUAGCACAAGAUAUAUCCUAAAAAAUUCAGUAGCUGAGACUGGAGAGCAGUCAACUGAAAGCGAAAGGUCAGCUCCAUCUCCUCCCCAUAUGUCUCAUCCAACCUCUAAUGCUUUGUGGACAGACGAGAACAAUGAUCAUAUUAACAGAUGCUUUACAGACGCCAUCGGCAGAAUUGAAGAAAUGAACAUGAACACAGAACUUUUAAAAGUGAAGAGCCAAAAUCUAGUCUUAAAGUACGGAGGCGAUACCUUUUGGAAUAGCUUUAUUCAAAGCUUAUAUAAAAAAGUGAUGUUUGAGUCCACACUCAAGAGAUAUUUCACAAGGUCAAACAUAGACAUGAUCAUGAAUGGGAUGAAUAAAGUUUUUAACGGAUGCGCAACUUUGCAGUUUAGGAGGAAAAUUAAAGCUGCUCAUCAGAAUAUGGGGAUUCCAGAGAGAGACUUUUCUAUAUAUUCAGCACUUUUUGAGGAUACUCUGAAUGAGUUUAAUAUUGAAGAGAGAGAUAAGAGUAUGAUAAUGUCGCAGAUUAAGUCUAUGAAGUGCUUGAUUUGCCAAACUCCGAAUCAAUAA